UGCUAAUUCUUUCUGCAGUUUACAGAUUUUGGCCUUUCCCGGAUUACCUACAGCGUCACCCAGGUUUCCAAGAAGGACGAUAAAGAGGGAGGGGGGGCGGCCAACUACAUGCCCCCGGAGGCGUUUGGCUUAACAUACAAACCUAAACGAGCCUCUGAUAUCUACAGUUUUUUACUUGGACUUUGUCUUGGUGUGACGCAGAUGUUUGCUCCACGUUAAACAUUUGGUGAGGACUCUGCUAUGAGUCAGUGUGAGGACAGAGAGGAGGGAGCCCCUCCCUCUAAAACCACUCUGUGUGGGGACCAUGACAGCCAGACCAAAGCUCAGAGGAUGCUGCAGCAGAAACCUGGACCUGAACCCAGCUGUGUGUCCAUGAAGAGUGACUGGUCUAUGGGUUGUUUUGUUGACUUUAAAGUUGGACAAGCUGCUGAUGAAAGGAUGCAGCAACAGAAACCUGGACCUGAACCCAGCUGUGUGUCCAUGAAGAGUGACCGGUCUAUGGGUUGUUUUGUUGACUUUAAAGAUGGACAAGCUGUUGAUGAAAGAGUUCACCAGGAGAGCUCAGAGGGCCUCGGUGGUCAGUCUGACCUGCAGCAGCAAACAGACCUGGACUCCAUAUUUAUGCUGUUGGAGGAAAGCAUCGUCACUUUUGUAAAGAACGAGCUGAAUAAGUUUCAGAAGGUUCUGAGUCCAGAUUACCCAGAAUACAUAGAGAAUCAGAGGGAGGAUGAGAAGGUUUUGGAUGAGGCAUUUCUGAAGAUCACACUGCACUUCCUGAAGAGAAUGAAGCAGGAGGAGCUGGCUGACCGUCUGCAGAGCAUUUGUCAGCGUAAACUCAAGUCUAACCACAAGAAAAAGUUUCAGUGUGUGUUUGAGGGGAUUGCUAAAGCAGGAAACCCAACCCUUCUGAAUCAGAUGUUCACAGAGAUCUUCAUCAUGGAGGGAGGAACUGCAGAGGUCAAUGAUGAACAUGAGGUCAGACAGAUUGAAACAGCGUCCAGAAAACCAGACAGACCAGAAACAAUAAUCAGAUGUGAAGACAUCUUUAAAACCCCACCUGGAAGAGAAGAACCAAUCAGAACGGUGAUGACAAAGGGAGUGGCUGGCAUCGGGAAAACAGUCUUAACACAGAAGUUCACUCUGGACUGGGCUGAAGACAAAGCCAACCAGGACAUCCAGUUCAUAUUUCCAUUCACUUUCAGAGAGCUGAAUGUGCUGAAAGAGAAAAGGUACAGCUUGGUGGAACUUGUUGAUCACUUCUUCAGUGAAACCAAAGAAGCAGGAAUCUGCAGGUUCAAAGAGUUCCAGGUUGUGUUCAUCUUUGACGGUCUGGAUGAGUGUCGACUUCCUCUGGACUUCCACAACACUGAGAUCCUGACUGAUGUUACAGAGUCCACCUCAGUGGAUGUGCUGCUGACAAACCUCAUCAGAGGGAAACUGCUUCCCUCUGCUCGCCUCUGGAUAACCACACGACCUGCAGCAGCCAAUCAGAUCCCUGCUGAGUGUGUUGACAUGGUGACAGAGGUCAGAGGUUUUACCGACCCACAGAAGGAGGAGUACUUCAGGAAGCAAUUCAGAGACAACAAGCAGGCCAGCAGAAUCAUCUCCCACAUCAAGACAUCACAAAGCCUCCACAUCAUGUGCCACAUCCCAGUCUUCUGCUGGAUCACUGCUACAGUUCUGGAGAAGGUGUUGAAGACCAGAGGGGGAGGAGAGCUGCCCAAGACCAUGACUGAGAUGUAUAUCCACUUCCUGGUGGUUCAGUCCAAACUGAAGAACAUCAAGUAUCAUAGAGGUGCUGAGACAGAUCCACACUGGAGUCCAGAGACCAGGAAGAUGAUUGAGUCUCUGGGAAAACUGGCUUUUGAGCAGCUGCAGAAAGGCAACCUGAUCUUCUAUGAAUCCGACCUGACAGAGUGUGGCAUCGAUAUCAGAGAAGCCUCAGUGUACUCAGGAGUGUUCACACAGAUCUUUAAAGAGGAGAGUGGACUGUACCAGGACAAGGUGUUCUGCUUUGUCCAUCUGAGUGUUCAGGAGUUCCUGUCUGCUCUUCAUGUCCAUCUGUCAUUCAUCAACUCUGGAGUCAACCUGCUGGCAGAAGAAGAAUCAACAUCCCGGUUGCUUAAUGCCUUCAGAAGUGCUGUGGACAAAGCCUUACAGAGUCUGAAUGGACACCUGGACUUGUUCCUCCGCUUCCUCCUGGGUCUUUCACUGCAGACCAGUCAGACUCUCCUACGAGGUCUGAUGACACAGACAGGAAGUAGCUCACAGACCAAUCAGAAAACAGUUGAGUACAUCAAGACGAAAAUCAGUGAGAAUCUGUCUGCAGAGAGAAGCAUUAAUCUGUUCCACUGUCUGAAUGAACUGAAUGAUUGUUCUCUAGUGGAGGAGAUCCAACAGUCCCUGACAUCAGGAAGUCUCUCCACAGAUAAACUGUCUCCUGCUCAGUGGUCAGCUCUGGUCUUCAUCUUACUGUCAUCAGAAAAAGAUCUGGAUGUGUUUGACCUGAAGAAAUACUCUGCUUCAGAGGAGGCUCUUCUGAGGCUGCUGCCAGUGGUCAAAGCCUCCAACAAAGCUCUACUGAGUGGCUGUAACCUGUCAGAGAGAAGCUGUGAAGCUCUCUCCUCAGUUCUCAGCUCCCAGUCCUCUAGGCUGAGAGAGCUGGACCUGAGUAAUAACAACCUGCAGGAUUCAGGAGUUUAUCAUCUGUCCUCUGGAUUGAAGUGUCCACAUUGCAGACUGGAAACUCUCAGUCUCUCAGGCUGUAUGAUCUCAGAGGAAGGCUGUACUUCUUUGGCCUCAGCUUUGAGAUCCAACCCCUCUCAUCUGAGAGUGCUGGACCUGAGCUACAAUCAUCUAGGAGACUCAGGAGUGAAGCUGCUUUCUAUUUUACUGGAGGAUCCAAAUUGGAGACUGGACACUCUGAGGGUGGAACAUGGUGGACCUCAGAGACUGAGACCUGGUGUGAGGAAGUGUGAGUGUGUUUUAAGUUUGCUCUAAGAGAACUCAGCUGUGUGUUACACUAGUUUAACCCCUUCCCGGCGCUGGAAGUAUAUUAUAAGAUGAGGUUACUUUCUAUUUCAAUGUUUUACUGAACAGGAUCCUGAGUGCUUAGUAGUUGAUGUUGAAUUGGCUAAAUCUCCCUUUACCAGUGGAUGUUAUCAUUAUAGGCAUAAGUAACUAUGAAGAAAUAAUCAAGAAACAAUAGCACGGUGCCUCCACUGUUGAACUACCCAACACACUAUGAGAUAUAUCGGUAUUUCCCCAGAAACAAAUGUCAAGUAUUUUAAAUGUAAACCGUAGUAAAAUGAAAUGUUCAGGACAGCCAGGUAAAAUGUACAACACAAAGAAAUGUAUUUUACUAUUCUGGAUUAUCUUUUUGUGUCGUAUUCAAAUAUUUUGUUUUAGUCUUUUUUUCAAGAUAUUCCUUUAUGUUAUACAUAAACAUCUUUGCUGCUUUUACAGUCUCAAAUAAAACUCUUAACAUGUGCCGAUGCCCUUAAAGAGAAAAUGAUUGCUACCAAUACAUUCAAUGGCGUAACGAGCCAACACCGGGCCCUUAAGCAGGAUUAUCAAGGUGGGCCCCCCUACUAUAGCACGUGAUGAUGGUGCAAUGUCCACGAGUAGGCUACCAUGAAUAGGACAGGAUAGGAUCAUAGAGACACUGCAUA